CCAGUCAAACUUGAAACGUCGUUUGUGUCAGGCGUAUAAUGUAGUUUUAUAUGACACUUGUAUGAUACAGUUCAAACGGGAUAACCAAAGUUUGCACUUUGUUGAACUACACUGGCGUUGAAUUUCUCUGGUAUCCAUUAUUUUGUUUUUCCUCCUCCGCCAUGAUGUUUUCUAACUGAGCAGGGGAGCUAGCUAACCAGCCAGUUUAGCCUUCAGGCUGUUAUGGAAGGGAGGUGCAAUGGAUGGAUGCUUUGCCCCGCUACGUUUCACAUUUUUGUCUUAGUUUAAACAGAAUGCUGCCUCUCCGACAAAAAUUACCCCUUGCUAUACUCCGCGCUAUUGCGGAGGAUUGCUAAUUCGCAGCGCAGCGUUAAUAGAUGACCCAGGAGUAUCGGCGUUUCGUUAUAGUUUGAAGAUUAACGCUAGCUGGGGCUGUGUAAGUGGCUACACAGCUAGCUCCUCCUUGCUGUCUGCCAUCGCAUUCUUGUGUCUCCUGCCUCAGGAAUGUUCUCCAAAAAGCCUCAUGGGGACGUUAAAAAAUCAACACAGAAAGUGUUGGACCCAAAGAAGGACGUGUUGACAAGGCUUAAACAUCUUAGAAUUGUCAUAGAAAACGCAGAGCCUGCAGAGCUAAAACAGUUCUUUGACCUGAACUACUCCCAUAUCUACUAUGUCUUCUUUGAAAACUUUGUCACCAUUGAAGUCAGCCUCAAGCAAAAAGGUCAUAAGUCUCAGAGGGAGGAGCUGGACUCAAUCCUCUUCAUCUUUGAGAAAAUCCUCCAGCUACUGCCUGAAAGAAUCCAGAGCCGAUGGCAGUUCCACAGCAUCGGGCUGAUUCUCAAGAAGCUGUUACACACUGGGAACUCUUUAAAGAUCCGGCGUGAAGGUGUGCGCCUGUUCCUGCUGUGGAUGCAGGCGUUACAGUGUAAUGCAGAACGUGAACAACUCUGCAUGUUUGCCUGUUUGAUUCCUGGUUUCCCAGCUCCCCUCUGCCACGGGACCCCACGCACCCUGGACACUUUGAUCAACCCUCCACUGAGUUUGACAGAGACUCAGGUGACUCCAGAAGAGAUCACUCCACUGGUUCCUCCACAGUCAGGUGACAAGAACCAGGAAGACCUCACUGCCUACUUCCUCGAAGCACUACUGAAAUACAUGGUAAACCAGGCCAAGUCUCUAGAGUGGCGUUGUAAAGAGAACCAUGAACGUGGCUUUAGCUUCCUAUUUGGUCACUUCAGGAAGUUUUACCUUCCUCAUAUCUUUCCCAACUUCGCCAUGGAAACCAGCCUCUACAACCCCAUACUGGACGUGCCUCCGAUGCGUCCUAAGCCCUACUACAGUGUGGUCCGCAGGGAGCAGGAUGGUGGCGAACCAUUGUACUGCACCAAGGAGAGCUUCCUCCAGGCCCGAGUCAUCUUCAUACGCUGGCUGGUCUCCUUCUGGCUGGAGCCACGACCCAACACACACACACAAAUCCCAGGAACAGAGGGAGAGAACGUCCCCAAGAACAUACAGCGAGCAGCAGCCGGCCUGGCAGCUCGCUCUGCAGGCAGCUCGGAUGACAGCGGCGGAGGUGGGAUCCGGUCUGACAGCCACCUGGAAAUUAGCGGGGCUUCAUCUGGGCCAGGAGGAGGCAGCAUGGGGCUGUCCGGGUGUCCGGGGCUUGGGGGCGAGCCUGAGCAGAGCCACUCCAACACAUCUACACUGACUGAGAGGGAACCCAGCUCCUCCUCACUCUGCUCCAUGGAUGAAGAACAGCUGACGGACAUGGAGGUGGUGAGGAGAGUGCUGACCAGCUCCAGAACCAAUGUCAACUUCAUCACAGAAAUCUUUAGACAGGCGUUUCUUCUUCCCAUGUGCGAGGCAGCAGCGAUGCGAAAAGUGGUCCGUGUUUAUCAGGAGUGGAUCUCCAUCGAGGACAAGCCAGUGUUCAUGAAGGAGCCAGAGGAGGGUCCUUAUCCCAUAGCCACAGGCGGCAGUAUGGAUUCAGGCUCUCAGCUUGGAGACAAAGAGGACGAGGGAAUGAACAAAGUGAUUGACAGUGAAUUGCUGGAGUACAGUGUUCAUGCUGGCGUUCAGACUACACUACAGGUAUUUAUCACCCACUCCUCCAAUGUUUUCCUAUUGGAGCCAGCCAAUGACAUCAAGAUCCUUUUAGAGGAGCAUGUCGACAUGUGCAAGCGAGUCCUCAACAUUUACCGCAGCCUUGUCAUGCACGAGACCAUGGACCAGAAAACAUGGGAGCAGAUCUUAUUGGUUCUGCUGAGGGUGACGGAGUCUGUGAUGAAGAGACCUCCAUCUAUUAUGCCUCAGGGCAAAAAGAACAACACACUGUCAGGCAGACUGGCUGGACCUAUCUUUCAGACGCUGAUAGUAGCCUGGAUUAAGGGGAACUUAAACGUCUACAUCAGCAGAGAAUUAUGGGACGACCUCCUCUCUGUCCUCUCUUCUCUGACCUGCUGGGAGGAACUGGUCACAGAGUGGUCUCUCACCAUGGAAACCCUCACCAAGGUCUUGGCCAGGAACCUGUACAAUGUUGAUCUCAAUGAGCUGCCUCUGGACAAACUCAGUGAGCAAAAACAGAAGAAACAUAAAGGAAAAGGUAUCGGUUCAGAGGGCCAGCGGCAGAUUGUGGAUCGUUCCUUCUCUAAAGGCUGGAGCAGAGAUCAACCCGGCCAGGCAGCAGCAAUGAGACAGCGAAGUGCCACCACCGCUGGCUCACCAGGCAUCGAAAAGGCCAGGAGUAUUGUCCGCCAGAAGACUGUAGCCCUGCGUAGCUGUUCUACGGGGGACUCUCUGCUGUCCUCAGCCUUUAUCCGCAGUGCUAAGAGUGCUCCUGCUCUGGCUCCGCCUCUUCCUGUCCUCCUCCACCACCACCACCCUUUACUACCCCCCCUUGCCGACCAGCUGGCAGACCUUGAGGACCCGCCAAUCACGCUGACAUCCCGCACUUCUCGGAUGCGUCAUUCCUCCCAGAGCGACGAGGCCCCUCCUACCUCCUGUUCUGAGGUGUUCCAGGGCAGGACUUGUGACCUGGAUGCCCCGGCCCCUUCCUCCCUCGCAAGGAGCAGCAGUGCCUCUGACAUCAUGGAGCCUUUCAUCGCCGAGCGGGUCAAAGGUGAAGACCCUCAGAGGGAUCCCUGUUCAAUCCCGAAUCCCCCCCCUCUCCACCACCACUCUACAACUUCCUCUUUACUCGCAGCCAACAGCCACGCAGCUCAGCCUCUCCCACACCCUCUCACCUCCCCCUCUCCCACCCCCUUUACCCUCUCCAAUGGUGUUGUUUCCUCGACUUCAGAGGGACAAGAUGAUAGUGGUGUUUAUGACCAGUUCUGGCACCAGAUUGGCUCUCGAAGCCGAGGUUCUAGCUCUGAUUGGGUAAGCGACUGGGAUUCUGCUUUCACCUUUUCAUCUGAAAAGGAAAUUGAUGCAGAAGAGGGUGAAACAGGAGCUGGGGCAGAAGAGGAGGAUUUAUUCUCCUCUAUUAGGGACUACCUCACUCACAAGGGAGUUGAGAAGAAGGAGGAGGCUGGAGAGAGAGAUAGUCCUGCUCAUACAUUAGAGAACAAUGUUACUUUACCUGCACCGGUGCAAACAGGGGUAGCUCGAACACAAAUAGAAUCCACAGGACAGGUAGGAGAGGCAAGACAGGUGGUAAGAGGGGACAGACAGACUUGUACAGAGGACAGACAGGUAAGUAAAUCAGUGAGACACAGCAGUGUUGAUUCAACAGAGGAGAAUGAGACAGAGCAGCGGAGCAUCUAUGAGUGUCUGGAGUUGCAGUGUCAGUGGCCAUCACCCAAUGCUAAGGGAAGUGCUAGCUUAGAAAGAAACACUGGGGAGAAAAAGGGAGGAUCAAACACAGGGAGGGCAGCAGGAUGGGAUGGGAAAAGUGAUAUGUGGAGGGAAGUAAGAGACAAGAAACGUGAUGAAAAAGAAGCAGCAGGAAAUCAGAGGCCCCGUUUAAUCAGACAAGAUACUAACAUGGUAGAAUCUAGUCUUGAAUCAAAUCAAACUACCCAAACUUCAGACCCAAUUAAGAACAAGGUGCCCCGUAGUAUCACUAAGAGGCACCAUUCUGGGGGGGUUCACGUCAGCUUCCGGCCCUCGACUGAGUCCGUCCAGUUCCACAACCCCCUUGAGAAUAAAGAGGCUCACUGGAAAGCCAGGCUGCGCCGCCUCAGUCACUUUCACACACACAGCCACUCAGCAGGGGAAAGGCCAGGGGCCGUUGGUGCGGGAUCAGGGGGCAAGCUCGGAGCAGGGGGUGCAGGUAAGUUUGGCUCUGUGGCUGGGAUUAGCCACAGAGCAGGGGCACAUGAGAAAUUAGCCUCUGGGACUCUUUCGGAUAACAGCGGGGCAGGGGGCAUAGCAGGCACCGGAUGUCUGGAAAACAGGGCUGGGGGUGAAGGGGACAAGGACAAGCAACUUCCUGGAUCCUCUGUGGGAUCCAGUCUGGGCUCUGAGGGUCAGGUUCACUCAGAGGUGUUAUCAAGCGGUUCAGGUUCCUCAGGCGUGACGUCAGGGGUGCGUGGCCGCUUGGGACGUUCAGCCUUGCGAUCUCGAGCCUCCCGCUCACGCUCCCAGGAGCCGGGCAGCACUGCCUCACGCCACCACCAGGGGGCCCUCCUUGGUGGCGUCUAUAAGACUGUGGUUCACGCUCUGUCCUCCAAGCCCCGGCCCCGAGGUCAGGGGUCAUCCCAAGGCUCGUCACCACAGCGGCAGGGCCGGGCCGCCAUGGGUGACGCAUCGCUAAGAGACCUCUACUCCCACGUCCUGGGCUACUUUGGGCGAAAGACAACCACGCCAGCCAACAAAGAGGAGGUGGUCCAGAAAGCCCGUCCGGUCUCCAGUGACGUAGGAAGCAGCAACCCAAACUUCUCUGACCUCAUGGAUGAAUUCAUCCAGGAGAGACUGAGGGCCAAAGGAACAGUAGGCCGCCGUGGUAGCAGUCCAGGGAGUCUGGAGGUUCCCAGGGACCUGCCCGAACUCCUGGAGGCAGGUCAGAGUCCUGGAUCGCGACCCUCAGAUGAUCUUCGGCCUAUCGAUGAUCCAGGGGUUCCCUCUGAGUGGACGUCACCUGCAAGUGCCAGCGGUUCUGAUGUCAUCAGCUCCGACAGCCAAUCAGACUCCUUUAAUGCCUUUCAGUACUCCAACUGCAAGUUUGAUAAUUUUACUUUCAGUUCAGAAGCUUGUGGAAAAGGAGUUGGAUCUGGAGGAGAAGGUCGAGGCAGCUCACUGGACCAGGACAGCCUGGGAGGGGGUGCGGCCUGUGAAGAACACGAAGUGGCGAGUUUGACGACACUUCACAUCGACUCAGAGACCAGCAGCCUCAGCCAUACUGUCACUGUUACUGGUUCUGAGAGCGCUUCUCCAAUGCAUUCUCUCGGCGGCUCUCGGUCCCAGACGCCCUCCCCUGCCACGCUGACAGCAGAGCACACUGAACACACACACUCCCAGUCUCACACACACCUACAGCUGGAGCAGAAGCUCCACAACUCUGUCCUUCAGACCCCUGAUGACUUGGAAACCAGUGAGUUCCCCAGCGAGGACUGCAGUGUGAUGGCGGGUGGUUCUCUAACUGGUUGGCACGCAGAUGUUGCCACAGUAAUGUGGCGGAGGAUGCUGGGAAUCCUGGGGGAUGUCAAUACUAUCAAAGACCCAGAGAUCCAUGCUCAGGUCUUCGACUACCUGUGUGAACUGUGGCAAAACUUGGCCAAGAUAAGAGAUAAUUUGGGCAUUUCUCUGGACAACCAGUCAUCUCCACCUCCCCCUGUUCUGAUCCCUCCCCUGAGGAUUCUCACCCCCUGGCUCUUUAAGGCCACCAUGCUGACAGAGCGUUACAAGCAGGGGAAACUUCAUGCCUACAAGCUGAUCUGCAGGAUCAUGAAGAGACGGCAGGAUGUUUCCCCAAACACAGACUUCGUUACACAUUUCUACAACAUCAUGCACCAAGGGCUGCUGCACCAAGACCAGGACAUUGUGAACACCAUUAUCAAGCACUGCAGUCCCAGGUUCUUCAGUAUCGGUCUGCCUGGAGCCACCAUGCUGAUCCUGGACUUCAUCAUUGCAGCUUCAAGGGUUACCGCCUGCUCAUCGCUCAAUGCUCCAAGAGUAGAGGCUCAGAUCCUCCUUGGUUCUCUGGUGUGUUUUCCCAACUUGUAUGGGGAGCUUCCAGCCCUUCAUCCCACCACAGCCGACGUGGUGCUUACCAAGUUCCCUGACGUCAAGGAGCACAUUAUCAAAACCAUUCUAACCUCUGCCAGGGACGAACCCUCUGCUCCUGCUAGGUGUGUGGCUUUGUGCAGUCUGGGCAUCUGGCUGUGUGAAGAGCUGGCUCACGGGACUCAACAUCCGCAGAUCAAAGAUGCUCUCAAUGUCAUCUGUGUUACUCUGAAGUACCCCAAUAAGAGUGUAGCACUGGUUGCGUCGGACAUCCUUCACCUCCUGAUCAGUUACGUGGAUCAUCUUCAGAAAUUCCCCCCUGACACUCCAAAGAAGAUCGUAGAGAUUUUGAUCGCCACCAUCACAUUCUUGCUGCCUACUACUGAGUCUUCUCCUCAUGAAAUUGAUAAGAGGCUGGUGGUUUCCCUCCUGUUGUGUCUGUUGGACUGGGUGAUGGCUCUGCCUCCAAAGACUCUGCUUCAGCCUGUUCAGACUCGAAGCCCUCCAGAGAGGGACCAGCCUACCAAGACUCUGCUCAGCUGUAUUUAUAAGGUGUUGCAUGGUUGUGUGUAUGGAGCACAGUCCUUCAGCAGUCCCAAGUAUUACCCGCUGCAGCUGUCGGACCUGUUGAAUCCAGAUUACGACCCGUUCCUGCCGUUAGAGAGCCUCAGAGAACCAGAGCCACUGCACAGCCCGGACUCCGAACGCUCCAGCAAACUACAGCCUGUCACUGAAGUUCGCAGCCGUAUUCAGCAGGGCCUGGUUUCCAUCGCAGCCAGAACAGUUAUCACCCACCUGGUCAACCACCUUGGACAUUAUCCCAUGUCUGGAGGGCCGGCUACUCUGUCUAGUCAGGUGUGUGAAAACCAAGACAACCCAUUCUGUGAGAGUGCUGAUCUUGGACCAGAACUUUUUCAUUCACCAAACCUGCAGUUCCUGGUUCUGAAUGGCUCCACGCUGCUCUCAGUGCUCCAGAUUCGGUCAGAGUCUGGUGUACCAGGGGGUGGAAUGACAGCUGGUUUGUCCUCUGCUCCUGCUUGCGUUCGUGUCAUCAUCCGAGAUGUAGCUGGAAAACACUCCUGGGACUCUGCUGUCCUCUACGGGCCUCCACCAUGUUCCCCGACCAGCCCAGCACACACACUUUUGACGCACACACAAUCUCCUCACAGUGCGAGUCUUCAUUUACGCACCUCACCAGGAGGUCCACCGAAAAAGAUGGAGGUGAGGAGAGAGGACAGCGAAGAGGAGGGGCAAGAAGAGAGGGAGGCAGAUGAGGGGGAACGAGGGAUGCAAGGCGAGAGGCAAGAGUUUCAGGGAGAAGGGGAGGAGGAAGGAGAGGAGAGGAAAGUGAAUGAGGAGGAGGAGAAGGGAGAUCGAAGAGGAGGUGGGGAUGGAGGAGAUGUGGAGGACGAGCAGCAGGAUGAAGAGGAGAAGGAACACAGAAUGGAUGGGGAGGGAGAUCAGGGGGAGUCGGGCUUGGAACAGAUUCUAGCUCCACCAUUGGCUAAACGUGUGUGUCGGGAGGCGGUGCCAGCGUGGGAUUCACUGAGGGAAGGUGAUGAUGCGCUGGAUGAAAUGCUGCAGUAUCUGGGAUACUCAAGUCCUGAGUGUCUACAGAGAGCAGGCAUGCCACUCAACAUCCCAGCGCCUCCUCCAGCUUGUGUUUCAGAGAAGCAGGAGAACGACGUGAUCAAUGCCAUCCUGAAGCAGAGCGCCGCUGAGAGAGAGUUCGUCCUUCAUAGAGGUGAGGAGCUGAACAUGAGGGCAGUGCAGCAGACUGAACCAGACACCGAGACACCACAGUCUGCCUUCUACUACUGCAGACUACUGAUCAACAUACUGGGACUCAACUCCUGGGAGAAGAGGAGUAACUUUCAUUUGUUGAGGAAGAAUGAGAAGUUGCUGAGAGAGCUGAAGAACCUGGACUCAAGGCAAUGCCGUGAGACCCACAAAAUAGCCGUAUUUUACGUUGCUGAAGGCCAAGAAGACAAACACUCCAUCCUCACCAACACGACGGGCAGCCAGGCUUAUGAAGACUUUGUCUCUGGACUGGGCUGGGAGGUGGAUCUCACCACUCAUUGUGGCUUCAUGGGAGGUCUCCAGAGGAACCGCAGUACAGGCCAGACCACACCUUACUAUGCCACUUCUACCACCGAGGUUAUCUACCACGUCUCCACCCGCAUGCCCCACGACCAGGACCACAACCUCACCAAGAAGCUGAGACACCUGGGUAAUGACGAGGUCCACAUUGUCUGGUCGGAACAUUCCAGAGACUACCGUCGAGGAAUCAUCCCCACUGAGUUCGGAGAUGUACUAAUCAUCAUCUACCCCAUGAAGAACCACAUGUACUCCAUCCAUAUUCUCAAAAAACCAGAGGUGCCGUUCUUUGGUCCGUUGUUUGACGGUGCCAUCGUGGACAUGAAGAUUUUGCCCACCAUGGUCAGAGCCACAGCUAUCAACGCCAGUCGAGCUCUCAAAUCCCUCAUUCCUCUAUACCAGAACUUCUAUGAGGAGCGAGCUCGAUACCUAGAAACCAUUGUUCAGCACCACCAGGAGCCGACCACGUUUGAGGAUUACGCAGCUCGAGUUUACAGUCCUGCUCCCUGCACUCACCUGCCGUCUGACACAGGCUCCUGCCUAGAGAUUCUUCGGGGAGAAAGUCCGGCUCUUGGGGAGGCCGGGAGCGACUCAGCAUCCCCCAUGUCUCCUCGGACUAGCAAGAGCCGCAUGUCUAUGAAGCUGCGGCGCUCCUCUGGAUCGGCCAAUAAGACUUGAUCUUUCCAGGUUCCUUGGCUCAGUCAGAACUGACACUUCAUAUCAUGACAGCGAACGAACAGUGGUCUUUUUCUCACAUCAACCUAUGAGACUUACACCAGAGGACAUUUGGUCUAUAAUUGCACUUAAAGUACAAGAAAUUAAGAAAGACACAACUUAAAAUGAACUUUGAAAAUGAACAAGCUCUGGGGAAAUUCACAUAGAUAUUAUAUUCAACAGGAAAAAUGAUGCUCAGUGUUCAGGCAGAAGAUGUUGACACAUGUCCCCUCCAGCAUGUUGCCGCUCUGAUCAGACACUGGUCUUUUAUGUACAAAACGCUUUGUCGCACACUUGUACUCUCAAAAGCACAUGUAAUAGUAUUUCAUGGACUAUACUAUACUGUAACUUUAUUUUGAAAUUGCUCACAGCUGCUGUAUUUAUCCUCAGCUUUGCUUACAAGAAAAAAAACCCCACAGAAACCAGUUGACCCAGUGCUGCAGCAUGCUGAUCUUCGCCAUAGUGGGAGAAGCUGAAUAAGUGCUGCCUAUAGAGAGCAGUUUUAGUUCAUAAUCUGUGCCAUGAUAAAAACUCCAGUGUUAAGUCAGACUGCAGAAAGCUAAAGUGUGCCACAUUACACACUGCUCUGUAAACCAGUUUUGAAGCGCGUAUUCAACGACCAACAAAGAGCAGAGUCUCUUCAGUCUCUGUGUGUGUUGUGUCGUUGAAGGUUGCCAUGGGGAAACUUGUAUAUUUGUACUAUAGUCGGGCUGUGUGUGUACAGACAGAACCAUGAGUUUUGAUAUAAAAUGAAACAAGAGUGAUGACUGUAAAGUGUUGCAUGGAGAAAGCAAGAUAAAAGUCUAUUUUUGUUCUCAGUGCAGCGUUAGGUCUAUAGAGAUAAAGAUAAAGGGCCGGGGUCAGUUUCUAUUCAGUCCUUGAAAUGUAAAUAGAAUCUCAUUCAUUUGCAGACAAUAAAAAAAAAACAUCUUGUGGACUUGGCAGCGUUCUCGAGCCAAACAUCUGUGUUUGAAUUCAGGAGAAAGAGCUUAAGGGACUGAAAGUGACCCGACCUGUUCUCUUAGUGGAAGGAACAAUGUUACUGUAUGUACAGUAAUGAUGGCAGGAUUAUUUGUCUAGAAAAUUAACAAGGCAAGCUGAUCAAAGAAAAAGCACCUGUUACUGUUGUUUUUGCUCAUGCUGUAAAAUGUGGACAAGCACUGAUGUUCAUUGCAUCUAUUUUCUUUCUAUUUUUUAUUUUUUUGUGUGUGUGUUUUGAUCCAAACAAGAAUGUUGCUGUAUAUCACUCUGUCAUCUGAUGCAAUGGAACCACAACUUUCCUUUUCUUUGUUGAUCUGAGUACACAUAUAUGAAUAUCUAUAAGAAUGUGUACAGUGUGAGGAGGCUUGUUGUGUAUAUACUGUUCUAUGAAAGUUAGCUGCCAAAACCAAACUGGUUUAUCCUCAGACCACAUAUCUGCUAAGUGGGUUAACACUACAACAUUUUAUGUUUCAGUAGUUUCUCUUUCAUAACCAGUUUGCACUUACACAUGCUUUCGGGAUUUAAACUUAAUCUCAUUUUAGCUCAAAUAGCCAACAUUACUUUACAGUUAAUAUGUUUAACCUUGGUACCACAGCUAGACUGGGGAAAUUUGAAAGAAAAAUGAGCAUUAACUGUUGUCAAAUAUCACUUUGUUUUUUUCUCUAAAAUGAAUUACUAAACAUCACUAUAAUGACAAUAUUGUAUUUAUCAGAAUAUACUGUAUACUGGGGAUUUAAGGCCAUGUCACUCCUGAUAAAUGCCAGUGAGAGAAGUUUUAGUCUCAUUGAUAUCUGUGUGUUUCUCUGACUCAGUUACUGGGGCCCAGUGUUUUUCUUUUAGAGGCAUUUUUAGGGAUGGAAAAUUAAAGUAUACAGAAGAGAGAUACUGUAGAUCCAAGGCCAAAGAGGGGAAGGAGAGAGAGAGAGAGAGAGAUGUCAAUUUAUCUUCACUUUGAUUUGAAUGUUUUGUUUAUGUCUUUUUUUUUUUCUUUUUUUUUCUUUUUUUUUUUUCUUUAUUAAAUCUGCUCUUAUAUUUAGACUCGUCUUCAGUUCCACUUCUGGAUGGAGGGGGAUCAGCAUGUAAUCACAAUCCAGAAAAUGUAACUUAAACACUACCAUAGAUGAUUUUCAUGUAUUUAACGUCCUCAUUUCAGCUCAACUUAAAAAAAGAAAAAAAAAACUGACACGGCUUCAAAUUAGCAUAGAUGAGUUAUAAAUGUCACGGUUGUGGUUUUACAGGGUUUAUCAGGAUUGAAUGUUCUUCCAUUUAUUUAACAUGAUGGCUUGUUUGUCCAUUGUUCCUUUUUUUCCAUAGCCUGAUCUCUGCUAAAAGAAACAUGUAUAUGAAAGAUCUAUAUUUGAAAAUAUAGGUCUAAGUUAAAGGUUUUGCAUUAUGCUUCACUGCUUGAAGUGUAUCCACAGCUGUAUUUUCUGUUGCUGUUUAUUUUAUUUUUUUAUUUCAGCCAUAGUGUCUCUGUAGAGAGGAAAGGGAUUGUAAAAACUUCUUUUUUUUUUGACCCUUCCGUGGGGUUGAAUUUGUUAAAACUUUGUCUCUGUAAAUUGAGGUCAAACUCAUGUUGUGUUACUUUGUGUGUGAAUAUUUGAAGUCAGCUGAGAUCAAAGUUGUCCCUUAUAAGUUAUUGCUGUUACCGAUAUUAUUGCUGAGGUUGAAGCAUUGUUGACUGGUUGAGACAGAUCUUAUGGUAGCACCCUGGGACUGAUUUGUACCUGCCAGUAACCAACCAGGUCCCAGUUUGCUUGGUUACAUCCUGUAAACAACCUGAACCUGUUCACAUGACCAGAUCAAACUCUGUCCUAGAACCUAAACCACACAGCAACGCCCUGUUUAUUUUCACUCCCUGAUACUAAGCCUCCCUUCCUCUUCCAAUUAAAAUACUUGCAACUCCACAUGAGGACUUGAGUCCUGAUGCUGCUUUAAUGUCCCAUGAGAAAGAUUGGGAAAAUUUCACACUUCAAAAUUUGUUUUAAAGAUUGUAAAUACUCCUCAGGAUCUUGUUUGGCAUGCAUUCAAAAAGUUCUGCUAAUUCAACUGUACUGAACUCACAUGUAUGAAUGCAUGUUCAUUUAGUUUAAAAAGCCUGAUUAGCAGCAACCAAAAUGUAUAGGAAAUCGAAGUUACCCAAAGCCUUUCAGCAUUAUCAAAAAUUCAUAUCAGCUACCCUGAGGCACUGUGCUCGGGUUGUUAAGGUAGAAAUAUUUUUCAGCCUUUUGGCCCAAAUCUUCAUUGUCUGAAAAGAGGAAACUUCAGACUCCCCUUUCUUCUCCCUGUUUGUGCAGAUUUCCCUCCAUAAAUAACAAUUUUGAUCAUAUGUGCCUGACGUAGAUUGAACACGAGGGCUGCGAUGGAUACGGGUUCAGCUGGUGUCCAGACGUUAGUUUGGGACGAUGCUGAUAUAUGUAACUACUGACUCUACAUACUGCAUGACACCAGUUCAGUACUAACUGCCUGUGUUGACCAUGUAUCAGCUGUGCCACAACACACACACACGCACACACGCUUGCACAUACACACUCCUCAUACUAUGUUACUGUCAAACCUGUAUUAUGUAAAUGUGAAACAUCUGUUUCAGACACACAGAGCGUGGACGUGCAAUGAUGGAAAUUUAACAAUAAAUGAUUCGUACCACUCA